GCCUGCGCACGUGCACUGCUGUCGCGCCGGGCUCGCCCGCGGAGCAGGCGCAGGGCGGGCACCCGCGAGCUUGGCGGCGGCGGUCGGGUCUCUACCGCGGGACCUGCUCUCCAUGCCUGGUCCUCCCGGGCUCGGGGCGGGGUCAGGAGGCAGCAGCGGCGGCUGAUUCAGCCCUAGCCGGCCCCGCGGAGAGCCCACCGGGGCGCUUCAGCCCCACUGAAGCCCGCCUGCGGGCUGCAGGUGCUUGCUUCCUCCCUGUGCUCUGUCAUGCUUUUCCUGCCUGAGUCACUAAGUGCCUUGUGCCUCAUACAAAUCGGGUCCGAAAACCUGGUGCCUGAGGUGAAGAGGAGAGAACAAUGAGGAAAUUGAGGCUUGAGGAGUUAAUCUGCUGAGAUCAUAAAACCAGUUCACACCCAGGAUCUAAAGGAAGGCUUUUGCCGAUCCUCGGGGUGCCUGUGGAGACGGGUCAAGCCCGUCCGGGCCAUGGCACUUCCCCGGGGCCGUCCUCUCACUAGCGCCCCGCGGUGGCACUAGGAUGCACCUGUCGGCGGUGUUCAACGCGCUGCUGGUGUCGGUGCUGGCGGCGGUGCUGUGGAAGCACGUGCGGCUGCGCGAGCAUGCGGCCGCCCUGGAGGAGGAGGUGGCGCGCGGCCGCCAGGCCCCGGAACCCGCGUCCGCGCAGCGGAUCGACUACCCGCGCGCGCUGCAGACCCUGGCGGAGGGCGGCACGCACAUGGUGUGCACGGGCCGCACGCACACCGACCGCCUCUGCCGCUUCCAGUGGCUGUGCUACUCCAGCGAGGCCGACGAGUUCGUCUUCUUCCACGGCAACGCCUCGGCCAUGCUGCCCAACCUGGGCGCGCGGCGCUUCCAGCCGGCGCUGCUUGACCUGUCCACCGUGGAGGACCACAGCGCACAGUACUUCAACUUCGUGGAGCUGCCCGCCGCCGCGCUGCGCUUUAUGCCCAAGCCGGUGUUCGUGCCCGACACGGCGCUGCUCGCCAACCGCUUCAACCCCGACAACCUCAUGCACGUCUUCCACGACGACCUGCUGCCGCUCUUCUACACGCUGAGGCAGUUCCCCGGCCUGGCGCACGAGGCCCGCCUCUUCUUCAUGGAGGGCUGGGGCGAGGGCGCCCACUUUGACCUCUACAAGCUGCUCAGCCCCAAGCAGCCUCUCCUGCGGGCACAGCUGAAGACCCUGGGCCGGCUGCUCUGCUUCUCCCACGCCUUCGUGGGCCUCUCCAAGGUCACCACGUGGUACCAGUACGGCUUCGUCCAGCCCCAGGGCCCGAAGGCCAACAUCCUCAUCUCGGGCACCGAGAUCCGCCAGUUCGCCCGGUUCAUGAUGGAAAAGCUGAAUGUGAGCCAGGCGGGGGCUCCGCUCGGUGAGGAGUACAUCCUGGUCUUCAGCCGCACCCAAAACAGACUCAUCCUGAACGAGGCAGAGCUGCUACUGGCGCUGGCGCAGGAGUUCCAGAUGAAGACGGUGACGGUGUCCCUGGAGGACCAUGCCUUCGCAGACGUCGUGCGGCUGGUCAGCAACGCCUCCAUGCUGGUCAGCAUGCACGGGGCACAGCUGGUCACCGCCCUCUUCCUGCCCCGUGGGGCCACCGUGGUCGAGCUUUUCCCGUAUGCCGUGAAUCCGGACCACUAUACCCCCUAUAAGACUCUGGCCACGCUGCCUGGCAUGGACCUCCAGUAUGUAGCCUGGCGGAACAUGAUGCCAGAGAACACAGUCACGCAUCCCGAACGGCCUUGGGAAGAGGGGGGCAUCACUCACCUAGACCGGGCUGAGCAGGCCCGCAUCCUGCAGAGCCGUGAGGUGCCGCGGCACCUCUGUUGCAGGAACCCCGAGUGGCUCUUCCGAAUCUACCAGGACACCAAGGUGGACAUCCCAUCCCUCACCCAGACCAUACGGCAUGUGGUAAAGGGCCGGCCGGGGCCACGGAAGCAGAAGUGGACUGUUGGCCUCUACCCAGGCAAGGUCCGGGAUGCACGGUGCCAGGCAACUGUGCAGGGCGCCUCCGAGGCCCGCCUCACCGUGUCCUGGCAGAUCCCGUGGAACCUCAAGUACCUGAAGGUGAGGGAGGUGAAGUACGAGGUGUGGCUCCAGGAGCAGGGGGAGAACACCUAUGUGCCUUACAUCCUGGCCCUGCAGAACCACACCUUCACGGAGAACAUCAAGCCCUUCACUACCUACUUGGUGUGGGUCCGCUGCAUCUUCAACAAGGUCCUCCUGGGACCCUUUGCAGAUGUGCUGGUGUGUAGCACAUAGCGAGCGUGCCUCGGCCAGACCUUGGGGAGGGUGUGGCUCCUCCAGCUCCGUGUCCCUGGGCCCACUCACUCUGCAUGGUGGCUUCUGGGAGUUGCUCAUCUGUUGAGCAGGCCUGCCCCAGGCUUGUGCCUCUGUGUGCUCUUACAGCAUCUGGAGCGUGGGGUUCCCAGUACUCUCUCCACUGGUACCAGGGGACCCUCCCCACCCCCUUCUCCCAUCCUGAGCCCCCAGGCCAUGGAGAAGGCCCUUAGCAGGAGGUGGAAGAGGAGGAGAAGGAAGGUAAGAACCCUAAGGAGCCUCUAGCCGAGUAAUCCUGCUGUUCCCAACUGAAUCCUUCUGGUUGAUCUCCAGCGUUUGGAACCUGUGAGUAAACCAUGUCGUUGCUUGGGCGGGUGGUUCAUCAGCUCCCACCAUCAUGGAACUCCCCCAUGGCGCCGGCAAGGUGUGUUUGGAACAUUCAUUAAAUGAUUAUAAACAUCUGG